AUUUAAAACUUUUCUGGGGCACCCCAUUGCCCUCCUCUACCUAUAUAUUUAGCAUCCAUUAUCAGGGACACAAAAUUAAUCCUUCAUGGCUGUUGAGAUCAAGAAGUUUUUCUUCAUUGUCCUGAGGCUGUUGGCCUUGGCUGCCACUGUGGUUGCCAUCGUUGUCAUGGUCAGGAGCCAUGACUCUGCUCAAGUAUUGAACUUAACCUUCACUGCAAAAUAUAACAAUACGCCUGCAUUCAAGUAUUUUGUGAUCGCAGAAGCAAUUGCGAGUGUCUACACCAUUAUCGUUAUCUUCCUUUCUUCUAAGAGCCUCCUUGGGGGCUUAAUUGUCAUUCUUGAUAUGGUAAUAACAGUGCUGCUCAGCUCAAGCAUUUCUGCAGCCCUGGCAAUAGCUCAAGUGGGAAAGAAAGGGAACAGUCAUGCCGGUUGGCUACCUAUUUGUGGACAAGUACCCAAGUUCUGUGAUCAAGUCACCAUUGCUCUUAUUGCUGGUUUUGUUGCCCCUGUAAUUUACUUUGUGCUUCUUCUCUGCUCUCUUCAUGCAGUGCUCAGUCCCAUUCUUGCUGCAAAGCUUUAGAUAGUGCUAUAUUAGUGCCAAGGCCAAGAGUUGGGGUUAUUUUCUUUAUUUCUCCACUUAA